AUGGAGCCCAGGCAGUACGAGGCCAUGAUCGCCAAAGCACAGAGCGGGUCCGCAACCUCUGCGACGGAGCUGCUCCAAUUCAUGAGAACGCACAAGAUCCACCAGCCCGAGCUCGUCCUGCUCCACGGCGCCCGGCUGCUCAAGGGCGGCGCGCGGGCGCUGGGGAACGAGGUCUGGACCGUCAUGGAGCAGGUUUUCCUUGCAGCCGCCGAGCUCGGUUGCGACCAAUGGCGGGACUACUGCCUCAAAGAGCUGACCAAGAAGUUUCCCUCAUCCCUGCGAGUAGAGCGAUUGAAAGGCAUUGAGAAGGAAAGCUUGGCAGACUGGAAGGAGGCUGAGAAGAUCUACCAGAAGAUUUUGGCAGGCAAGCCUGAGGAUACUGUGACUCACAAGCGCCUCAUCGCUAUGUACAAGCAGAGCGGCAAAGUUCCUGAGGCCAUCGAGUCCAUCAACACCUACCUCGAGACCUUCAGCACCGACUCGGAGGUCUGGCAUGAGCUUGGGGAGCUGUAUCUUGAGUGCGGGAUGCUGCAGCGGGCAGUGUUCUGCUUUGAAGAGCUCAUUGUCCACAAUCCCCGUUCUAUGUACAACAUUCUCACGUAUGCAGAGCUCCUGUACUCUACGGGGGACCUAGAGACAAGCAGAAAGUACUUCAGCCUAGCAGCCUAUCUUGACGGUGCAAAUCUUCGUGCGCUUUGGGGGCUGGUGGCUUGCAACAUGGCUUUGAUGGAGAAGGACAAGACUCGAGAGAAGUCAAAGCAGCUUCAGGAGCUGCAGAAGUUCACGGUGCAAAGGCUUCGAACCGCGUACAAGGACCUUGGUGGCUCCGGUGCACAUGGCAAGCCUGCGUUGAACCUGCUGGCUGCUGUUUCGACCUGA